AUGCAACGACAAUUUAUUGACCGCAGCGCCGCGAUUAUGCUGGUACCUAAAGCCAUACUUUUGUUUUCGACUAUCAUCACUGUCUCUUUUGCAAGCCUAGGCUGUAAACUUUCACUCGCCGAUUCAGCAUGGCCCUCGGUGAACGAAUGGGCCGCAUUAAACAAUUCUAUCGGAGGAGUGCUACUCAAAACUUCACCCGUUGCAUCAUCUUGCUUUCCUGGUAAUCCCUUCAAUUCUCCUGAGAAUUGUACCAGUGUACAGGAGAAAUGGUCCUAUGCAGCAUAUCAUGCUUCCUGGCCCGAGAGCAUUGACUACCCAAUCUACACAAACAAUUCCUGUGUUCCAAAGGGUGCCACUGGCUAUGUCAAAGGCAAUGGUUGCAGUAUUGGUGGAUUGCCACGAUAUAUUGUCAAUGCCACGACAGUCGAUCAUGUUUCGAAGGCAAUGAAAUGGGCCUCUAAACGAAAUAUUCGGAUUGUUGUGAAAGGAACCGGCCAUGACCUGAACGGCCGAUCAACUGGCGCAUUUGCGCUUUCUAUUUGGACACACAACUUUAAGCAUUUCGAAUGGCGACGUGCUUGGAAACUGCCAGGUCGGAAUGAAACCGACGAUGUUGUUGUAUGCGGAAGCGGCAAUAAUUGGGGCAGUGUUUACGCUGCGGUUAACCGCAUCAACAGAACUGUCGUUGGUGGAGAGGACGCUACUGUUGGCCUCGGAGGGCUGAUUCAAAAUGGUGGUCAUGGAUUUUUGUCGAGUCACCACGGUCUUGCGUCGGAUCAAGUCUACCAGGUCACUGUAGUAACCACCGAUGGCAAGCGUCUUAUCGCGAACAGUAUACAGAAUGAGGAUCUCUUUUGGGCAAUUCGCGGAGGUGGAGGAGGUCAAUAUGGAGUGGUCACGGAGUUUAUCCUCAAAACACACCCUAUUCCAACAAACGUGGUCACCGGAGGGCUUUCGUUUUAUGCGACUGACUCCUCAAACGCCAGUGGGGCUGCCUCAUGGAACGCUUUGUCGGAAGUUGUUUCUUCGAUUCCCGACAUUAUGGAUGGUGGUCUGAAUGGCAACAUCACCGCAUAUACCAAGACAAGAGCGAUGGCUUUGGGUCUUACAAGUGCACUAGCCGGUGUUGCAGUAGUGGUUGGUUUUGUUGGUUUAAACAUGACAGCUGAUCGUAUGGAUCAUGUCGUUAAUCAACUAGCAAUCCGAGUUGCAUCCAUUGACAACAGCAACUAUCUCAGCUUUUCUCGUCAACGGGCGUCUACGCAGAGUUACUGGUCGUUUUCGAAGGCUAACCCUUUGUCUAGCAAUUCUGCGGGAGUUGUCAGCCUGAUGACCAGUCGCCUAAUGGGCCGAAGGGAGUUAUCGGACAUUGCUCAAAAAGACUUGACAGGAUAUCUGCGGCAGGCUAUGGCUUCCGAAGAUCCAGACACUGGAACAAUGUUACUGUUUGGAUUGCAAGGCGGUCGCGGUCCUGCUCAUGUCCCAGAACAUAUGCGUGGAAGUGUUCUCCCUGCCUGGCGCACCGCAUAUGCUCAUGUUUUCACCCUAGGAGCAUCGAUCAACGCGACAAAAGAUGCAAGUCAGUCCCUCAAGGCCGCCGCAGAUUGGUAUGAGGCUGUCAAAGAGCCUGUUUGGAGAAAUUGGGCUCCUAAUACCGGCUCAUACAUGAACGAGGGCAACCCAUUCAGUAGUACCUGGAAGAAAGAUUUCUAUGGCGAAAACUAUGAAAAGCUCCUAGCCAUCAAGCGCAAGUUUGAUCCUAGCGAUAGUCUCUUCGUUUGGAGUGGCGUCGGUAGUGACCUGUGGAAUUAUGAUCUGAACUCUGGAUUGCUCUGCCGAGUGGCAUCAUGA